AAGUACCUAAGUAGUUACAGUUCCCUUUUAUCUUCUGAUACGAUUCAAUGAUACGCUCCGCUUCGCAAAGAGCGAAUUUUUUGUUCUGCUGGGAGACUUCUACGGCUAGUCCUCCUCCCGGAGGGGCAGGAGUUUCUGAAGCCAUGACAGCGCUCUUGUCCGUGAUCGUGUUUUCGUUGCUUUCUGCAGCGCGCGCUGCCGUGACGAUCCAGUUAGGCGACAGCCCGCUGCCAGAAUGGCUGUUCCACUGCGAUCCGCGGAAUUACGUGCGGUCGAUCCUGACGCCGGACUUCCACCACCGCGAUAUGAUUUUCCAGCCGGACCGAGACUGCCUGCACAAGGAAGCCCGAGCGGUCUUCCACCUCUGCGCAGAGCGAAUGAAUUCGGUAAAACAGGAGAACAUCGCGCAUCUGUAUUCUGCUUUCGCAGCCCAAAGGCAAUCAAUGUUGUUCUUGAUCGAGGGGCUUUGAGUAUUUCUUUUUCUACUUUUUUACAAUCCCCGACUUUCAGGUCCGCGCUCUGGCAGUGCAGCAGGCGGAGAAAAGUGAAUGCCGGACACCGCGGGCGCUAGAGGCUUUGGACGACGAAGAGGCAGAGUUCAUAGGAGAAGGCCCGGGCAGGAGCAGAGCAGCACCAGCAGCUGGAAAGAACGAAGAGCCGACGUCGGACUCGACUACGACAACGCGGGCUUCUUCCUGUCAAAUGCGCACGUUUUUCACUUCCACGGCCACGACCGGGGGGAGUAGCUACGCCUUCGGCCUGCAGGCGGAGGACCAGAUUAAUCCUACAAGAAGCAGUGGAAAAAAUAACCAACUUUCCACUUCGAGGACCGAGCUUGCGAUUAACACGGAAUUUUUCCGGCGUCAGCAGGCGCUAGCGACGAGAAGGGCAUCGCCUGGAGGUGCAGCGGCACCGCGCGGUCGGAAUUCGUUCUACGACAGUAGCUCUGGAAAAAAGAAUGAGACGAGUUGUUUUUUUUCCGUGUACGAUUUCCACCGCGAUUUUCUUUUGCACGGGGGCACGUCGCACUUCGUUGAAAAGAAUCUCUUUCGCCUGUCUGUCGAGCCUGACAUCGAGAAACACCUCCCCUACAUGCCGACGUUGUGGCGAGACACGUUUUCCGAGGUCAGCGGGAAGCUGAUGCUUCUGCACGACAUCCGCUGGGACGUGAUGCACUUUUUCACGAGAACCAAACUGGACAAGUGGACCAACGAAGAGGUGCACUUGCCCUUCCGUCGCGGGGACAGGGAGGUGUUGGUCCAAAACCUAUUCCGCCUGCCGCCAGACUGGUCCCUGCACCCGCGCACGCGGCGGUGGCACGUGGUGUGCGCGUUGUGCCGGAAGGUGGCGACCGAGAACCCGGACCUGGAGGUCUUGCGGAUUGCGGAAAUCGGGGUCUUCGCGGGCGAGACGACGCUGCACAUGCUGGAAAACUGCACGAAUGCCGAUGGUAUGAUCGAACCCUUUCCGGAGGGACGCGUGAGCCCGCCGGAAGAUAGCAGCGGGGGCCUGAAUCAGGAGUACGACUUGCCGUUGGGGAGUCAGUACGAACUAGAGAAAACCACUGGUAGUUUUUCAUCGUCGAGAAGUAGUACAAAAGGACGACAAAAAGGAGCAGCAGCAGCGUCCGAGGGAGCAGGAGAAAACGGCGUCGACGAAGAAGAGGACAAAUCGGCCCCACUUCGUGACUUUUUCGCGAAGCAGAGAAAAGAUUUGGAGCGGGACAACAGUAUGUUGGGGCGAACAGUACGGUCAAAUUCAAAAGCAGCGACGCGCAAGUUACGCACGAAACCUGUGAAGAUCCAGUACAAUCUGAUAGACCCCUGGGAGCUGCCCGCCGCGGGCUUCCAGAUCAUGGUGGACUGGUACAAGGAGCACGAGUCGUGGAAAAUAAAUGAUGGCAACGACGGGAACGACGUGUACAAAAACCUGCUGAGGAGGAUAAAAGAGGUGGAAAGGCAAAAGAACAAUCAACCCUUCCCGAUCACCGAGAUGCGGCUGGACGAGGUCGUGCCAAGCCACCAGCCGGGGAUUUUCACGCACAAGCGAACCUCCGACCUAGCCGCGCGGUCCGUGACCGAAAUCGACUUUUUGUUCGUGGACGGCGACCACUCGUACCAAGGCUGCCAUGACGACAUGCGGUUUUUCUACCCGAAGACGAAAAUCCUGGCGGCAGGGCAUGAUUUCCGGUACUGGGACUUCCACGGCAUCGUCCUCGCCGUGUUGAACAUGCGCAGGCCCGGAACGCCAGCACAUGCGGACUACGGGCACCGGUGCGAGGGACCUGUCUACCUAGACUCCGAAAACAUCCACUGGAGCUACAUAAAACAGGAAUGAUGUAGUUCGCAAUUGUAAUGCAGCAGAAGCUGCUGCGGCUGCGCACUUGGAAUUGGAUCCGUUUGAAAUAAAGAAGAACGAGAAAUACAU